AAAUGCAGAAAAAGCGAGAAAAAAUUUUGAGAUGGAAAGAUCAUUACGUGAUAAGGUUUAUAUCCCGAAGGUAUUUUGGGAAAAUACUAGCAAACGUGUAUUAACUACCGAGUGGAUUGAUGGAGUGAAAGUUAACGAUCAGAAAGGAUUACAAAGGUCGCUUUUUGUCAGAAUAUACGGGUUUCAACUCAACGAUGUGAUGCAGACAGUUGUAAAUGCCUUUGCCUCGCAAAUAUUUAGUAGCGGAUUCGUCCAUGCUGAUCCUCAUCCUGGUAAUGUUUUUGUGAGACCACAUCCAAACAAAUCAAAGCGGCAUCAUCAAAUAGUACUCUUAGAUCAUGGUUUGUAUGUGGAAGAAUCUGAGAUGUUUCGUCAUCAAUAUUGUUUAUUUUGGAAGGCGUUAUUCCUCAUGGACAACGAAACAAUAAAUCAAAUUUGCAAGGAUUGGGGAAUCGCUGAAAGUGAAUUGUUUAUUAGUUCACAGAUCAUGAAACCAUAUAACCCUCAGACAGCACUUCAUAUUUCAUCAACACAAACGGUCUCACUCAAGGAUACGUAUGAAAUGCAAAUGGCGGUGAAGGAUCGUAUAAAACAAUUUCUAACGGACACCGAAUUAAUUCCUAGAGAAUUGAUAUUUAUCGGUAGAAAUAUGAACAUAGUGAGAUCUCUAAAUCGAGAAUUAGGAAGUCCA